AUGAAGACGAUUUUUCUAUUUUUUGCAGCCUCCCUAUUGGGGCACACUGCCCUUGCUACAAGGCUUUAUGCGGCAUCGUACGCUGGUCUUGUCACCUCAUUGGACCUUUCCAAGUCCAAUGAGCUAUCUACACUCUCCCAGACAACUGAGUGCGGUAGCAACCCCUCUUGGUUGAUGCUGGAUAGUCCCAAUGGUGUCUUGUACUGCCUCGACGAAGCAAUCAAUGCCCCCAAUGGCACUAUCACAACCCUGAAAACUCAUCAGGAUGGGACACUCACCAAGCUUGCGCAACUGAAAACUCCCGCUGGCCCUGUCAUGUCUGCCAUGUACUCGGCACCUGGGGUCUUGGGACGCAAGUUCCUUGCUGUGGCACACUACUCAGGAUCCUCUGUCACGACGUAUUCCGCGGACCCUGUCCUCGGACUUUUCAAGCAUGAACAAACCUUCACAUACCAGAUGGCCGCUCCUGGUCCGGUUGCCGCUCGCCAAGAUGCCCCCCAUCCCCAUGGAGUAGUUGUCGACCCUACCGGACAGUUUAUCCUUGUACCCGACCUUGGAGCUGAUGUCGUCCGCGUCUUCUAUGUCAACCCAUCCACAGGUCUUCUUGAGCAGAUCGAGCCACUGGCCAUGAACCCAGGAUCUGGACCCAGACAUGGCGCAUUUUGGACUCCCCGCGGAUCGAGCAGCACAUCUUCAGACGUCUACUUUUACCUUGUGCAGGAGCUGAGCAACGAGUUGAGUGGUUUCCGGGUCAAAUAUUCAGGCAACGGAAUUUCGUUCCGCAAAAUCUUCGAGGGAAGCACGUAUGGCAAGGAAUCUUCUCCCGCUGGCACCAAGGCCGCAGAAAUUGCAAUCUCGCCUGAAAACAACCGUAUCAUCGUCUCCAACCGUCUUGAUAACACAUUCGGCCCGAAGGAAGACUCCUUCGCCGUGUUCCUCUGCGCUGACCCUAGUGGAAAAGAGGCCGAGAAGGUUUCCUUCCUUGGGUUGUACCCAGCCUAUGGCUCCUCCCCUCGCCACUUCAGCAUCGCACCUACCCAGACUAUGGUUGCGGUGGCAUUGGAAAGCAGCCAAAGUGUUGCCGUGGCUCAGUGGAACAAGCGCUCCGGGGCUCCUGGAACCCUUCUCGCAGGAAAGAAGCUGGAUGGAGAAAUUCCGUCUGUUGUCUGGGAUCUGUAA